AUGAAUGUGAAUUGGAUUACACGUCUGCAAACUUUGCUGGACAAGAAAAGCAGUCAUGAAAUGAGCGACCACCGAAAAGUGCGAAAGACACAAAGGAAGGUACAGAACCAUGGUAUGAAGGAGGAGUAUAGUCCUCCCUUGAGGAGACAACAUGUGGAAGGAAACCAUUUGAGGAGCACCCCGCAGUGCAACUACCAAAAGUUGGAUUCGUACUGCAUAGGGAGAGGCAUAUUAGAAAAUUACGAAAGGGAAAAUAUAAAGGAGUUAUAUCCUUGGCAGGCAGAAUGUCUAAAUGAGCUAAAAAAGGUUAAGUGGGAUGAAGGGGAAAGCUUCAUUUUCGUGGCUCCAACAUCAGGUGGUAAAACACUUGUAGCUGAAAUUUUUGCAUUUGAGCAGAUGCACAGGACGGAGAAGAUAUUUUUUUUAUUUCCCCUAAAUGCACUAAUAAAUGAGAAGAUGAAUUAUUUUAAGAAGUUGUGCAGUGGAACGGACAUCAAGGUAGGUAGUAUGUUUUCAGAAAAUGAUAUCGUUUUGUGUACCUACGAAAGGAUGAACAAUUUUUUGAAUAAGAAUUAUUUGGAGAGUCAGGAGGAGGGGAUGGAGGUGGGCAAUUGGUCAGCCCAAGGAAUUAGUGCGAACGGAGCGAGAUCCUCCACUCAGAAUUUCAUCGUGGUGAUAGACGAGUUUCAUCUGAUCAGCGAAAAGGGAAGAGGAAUAUACAUUGAAAAUAUCAUCUCCAAAAUUAUGUUUCUGAAGAGGAGACAAGUAAAGAUAAAAGUGAUCUGCAUGAGUGGAACCAUCAAUAAUUUUACUACGUUGGAAAGAUGGAUGAAUGCAAAAAUAUAUCUUUCCCCCUAUAGGCGUCCCCAAGAAAUAACGGAGCAUUACAUUUGCAACUGUGGUGUGUAUCGAAAGGAAAAGGAAGGGUGUCCCUUCUCGUACCUCUGUAAUGUGCACGAUUUUUAUGAAUCUUGGGAAGAUAAAUCUAAUGAACAAGGGGAUUUACGGUGCGUAUACAAUGUAGCAAAUGUUCGAAGCUUGAAGAGAUGCAACCUGAGUGAAGAUAUAAGUAUGUUUUAUCAGAAUACAAGAAAUAACAUUUCUCAUUUUCUAAAGAUGAGGAACCUGUCCGUGAACAACAACCUGAUAAAUUCACUCCUCUGUUUUUCACUACAUAGUCGAAUGAAUAAGUUGAAUACCCUUAUCUUCUGUUCGACGAGGAAAAAUUGCGAAGUUUAUGUGAGGUUGAUUAAUCAGUAUUUUAGUACCUUCCCUGUGGAUGAUACCCCGAAGGAAGUGCAAAUGAGGAGGAAUAAACUGAAUGAACAGAUUCGUGAACUGGAUGGAUAUGCAUACAGUAACAUGAGAAACUUAGUGGCCAACGGAAUUUGCUACUACUAUAGCGAUAUUUCAAAUUCUAUUAAACGCUUGCUAGAGGUUGCCUACAAGGAGAAGACGCUUUUCUUGUUUACCUGCACGUCGACUCUAUCCGUUGGACUGAACCUUUUCGUGGAUAGGGUUCUAAUAUCAUCCCCUUUUAUUGCUCAAAAUUUUUUAAGCGCUACACAGUAUAAGCAGAUGAUUGGGAGAGCGGCUAGGGAGAAGAAGGGGGAUUCCUUUCUCCUCGUCGAUAAGAAGGAUGAAAAAAAGAUGCUCCAAAUAUUUCAGGAGGAUUGCACCAACAUUACAAGCACCAUGAACAUGAACGAUGGUGGUUCUUUAGAUGCUAUGGAGAAAUACAUAAUUGAAUUUCUCUGUCUGUUGGAUGAACGCCCCGUGUCUGUGCGUGAUGUGGUUGCAAUGUUAUCCUUUUCGCUCUGCUUCGCGGAGGUGGCUCUCUCGGGGGAUGCAUCCUCCAAGGCGUCUUCCCCCCUGAAGUCGGUUGGCAAGUCGGUUGAUCAGUCGGUUGGUCAUUCGGUUGGUCAGUCGGUUGGUCAGUCGGUUGGUCAGUCGGUUGGUCAGUCGGUUGGUCAGUCGGUUGGUCAGUCGGUUGAUCAGUCGGUUGGUCAGUCGGUUGGCAAGUCGGUUGAUCAGUCGGCUGGGAUGUCCACCGCGAAUACCCCCCGGGGCGAGCCCCCUGGUGGAGAGUUGCUCCGCUCCGCAGACUCCCCCACGAAGGAAAAUCAACCUCACACAGAGGCGCAGAGUUCUUUCCCCCUCGAAGUGGACGAAGAAAAUUUCACUCCCCAUGAACGCCUCUUUUACAACGCAAAGAAGGAGGAAAUUCACGGUGUUAUAAAUGUCCUUAUCCAUCACAAGUGCAUUCAGGUGGAAAAUAACGGAAAGAAAUUCCGACCCACGAAAUUUUUAAGAUCCCUAUGUGUCAGUAAUUUCAGUGUAUCCAUCGGAUAUGAAUUAUUAUCUGAAGUGAAAAAGUAUGAUAGGUUGUAUCUUUUCAACUACAGUUUCCAUCUGUGCUAUAUUUGCUCACCACAUAAUUUGAACAUAGCUUCUUUUUCGUAUUACCUCCCUUAUUUGAAAAAAUUAAUUAGCAUGUGUUCAGACCAUUAUACCAAACAUAUAAUUUUUCAUGUUCUACAAUUUGACAGUGAUAUUAUUAAUAUGCUCUCUUUGAAGAACCAGAAUAAUUUUUUGAGUGAGAAAAAGAAAAAAUUUUUUGAUGAUGAUAAAUUAGAGAGGAAGCAUAACAAGUUGUACUUGUCGAUUUUUCUCUUUCUAUACAUGAAGAGGACAAGGUCUUCUGUCUUGUGCUCUCUUUUUAGAAUAACGAAGGAUGUGCUUCAAUCCGUUCUUCAACACAUAUACAUGUACAUGCAUAUUUUGAUUUCCUUUUUUGACCGACUGGACGAGUGGAUCAUCUCUAGCUUUUUGAAGAAGUUUCUUCAAAACUUUAAGGAGUGUAAAGUCACUUCGGAGGAAGACAAGGGGGGGCGCGCGAAGGGUUUUUUCAGGGGGGAGAGGACCACCCACCAGGGAAUAUUCAGAUGGGCCAAACCAAGGAACAAGGUAUAG